AUGCCCGUAGUUUGGAACGCUGACAAUGAUGCUCGCCUCUUGAUGGCGUACAUCGAGGCUACCGACGCCAAGCUCGGCACCGACGGAUGGAAGGCUAUCGCUGAAAAGCUCGGUGGUGACACCACGGUCGGCGCAAUCAGCCAGCGCUUCACCAAGGUCCUCAAGAAGAAGUAUGGCGGCGAGAACUGUGUUUUGGGCAGUGGCGGCGACGGCGGUGGAGGCAAGACCAGCGCCCCGGCUACUCCUGCGAAGGCGCGUGGUCGCAAGAAGAAGGAUACCGAUGAUCCGGAGAAGACUCCCCGUUCUUCGCCUCGCAAGCGCGGCGCCAAGGAUGAUGGUGCUGAGGGUGAGGACGACGACAACAUUCCUGAUUCGCCUACCAAGAAGAUCAGGUCCGAAUCCUACUUCGACCAGGACGGUGAGGACGUGUAG